GCUACGAGGGUUGCUUGCGCAUAUUGCAUCUCCGUGAGAGGGACAUCGCAACGUACACUCAGGAGGCCCCGUUUUUGCUUCUCUGAGGGUCCUCGGACGAGCCCAUGUUACCGCACAACUAUGCCACCACUGAUCAUGGCACUGCAAUGCGUAUGUCGAGGAGCCUGGUUUCCCAUGCACAAUCCAAUACUGGAGGAAGAUGAACGUCAACCCAAGCUUCCGCCACACCCACUACACCCUUGGCCCUCUCCGUGCUCAUGCAAGCUCGCGCAAGCUCACUCCCGGACCCUGAGGCUCUGCGGGUUCACCCUUGGCGAAAUGCUUCCCUUUGGAUCAGCCAGACGCGUACUAUUCCACAAGGGAGUCUGCCGCGGUGGAUACCCCUAAAGCGGGACUAUGUCCCCUACAUCAGGCCAGACGCCCGGCUUAUUACCGCGGUGACUGUCUUUCGAGACGCCCAUAGCAAGCAAGCACGCAAUAAUAGACGUAAACUGCCGUGAGCACUGCCAAAA